GGGAGAUCAUUAGAAAGUAGUAAUAUGGGGGCCUCUGCCUCAAAAGUAGAAGAGGAUCAGGCCCUGCAGUUAUGUCGCGAAAGGAAGAAAUAUGUUCGUCAGGCACUUGAUGGAAGAUGCUUACUGGCUGCUGCUCAUGUUGCAUAUAUUGAGACACUGAAAAGUUCAGGCACUGCUCUUAGGAAGUUUGUUGAACUUGAAGCUCCAGUUGAGUCUUCCCUUUACACUUCAACUAAUGCUACACCAGAGCCCCUUGCUUUAGCCGAAAAGUCUCUUUACCAGUUUUCAUAUUCUCCUCCGUCUUUCUCACAACGUGUUGAUGCAACUGAAACCUUUUCUCCAUCACCUUCUCCUCCCACUUCCAGUCAUUUUCAGGUGAACCGCAUGAGGUUUGGGGUUACAUCUUCGAGAAAAGUCAAAGAGAAACCCCCUGUUCCUAAUAUCAGAUUGGUAACCUCAUCAAGUACUCCACAGAAUACCACCCCUUGUUCCACUGAAAAACCAGAAUCAUCACCAUUUGAUACUUCUUCGCCGCCAAGAACUCCAGAAUGGGAUUUCUUUGGCCUUUCGCAUCCAAUUGACCGUCAGUUGUCUUUUCAAGAAGGGAAGGAAUUGAACCAAGGUCCAGGAACCAUCGACGAUUUUAGACGACAUAGGGAAGAGGAACUUCUUCCAAAGCUGGAAGAUGAAGAGGGGGCUUCUUUACAUGAAAGAGAAGAAACUCAGGGUUCAGAUGAUGAAUUUGACGAUGAGCCUCCUGCAGAUACUCUGGUUCGAAGUUUUGAAAACCUGAACAGAGUAAAUGACAAUAAAAUAGCCAAUGUACCAUCAGAUAUCCCAUCUGUUGGUAGUGUAGCUUCAGAAACUGAUUUUGUCAGUAGGGAAAAAAACAGUUCUCCUGAUUUGUCUCCAUUACAAGGGACACCCCGCGGCUUUUCUGUUCCAACUGAAAUAAAGAGAACUCCUGUCAAAGAAGAGGCUUCUGAAAACGAGGUUGCCCCUAAAGAUUUCUUUUCUGUCAUGAAAGAUAUUGAGUUUCUCUUUGUAAAAGCUUCUGACUCUGGGAAAGAGGUUCCUAGGAUGCUUGAAGCUAAUAAGUUGCAUUUCCGUCCUAUUUUUCCUGGAAAAGGUCAGAUCCAGACAUCAUAUCUUUCUCACUCACAUAUGCAUGUCCAUCAUCACACACACACUGUAAAUCUUGUGUAUGUUUGGUGUCUCAUCAGGGCUGGAAGUUAUGCAUUUCCAUUGAAGGGUCUUCAUAAUUGGUUAUCUUAUAUGAAUUUGUUGAAAGCUAUAGGUAACAGGACUUUCUACCAUUUUAGGUCGAUCGACGGCAUCUUCAGAGCAUUCUUCUCUUGUGGAGAAGAUCAAAGCCAAGUUAAAGAAGAGCUUCCUCAAAGUGAUGUGAAGUACUUGGCUUGGCAUAGGACAACGUCAUCUCAAUCAUCUUCAUCCAGAAAUCCUCUGGAAUUAAAUUCAAAGGAUGAUAUUGAGGACCUUAACAACAAUCUUUUCUAUAAUGGCUGCAUGAUUUCAGGCAGUCAUGCCUCAACCUUGGAUAGACUAUAUGUGUGGGAGAGGAAGCUAUAUGAUGAAGUCAAGGCCAGCGAGACAGUCCGUAGUGAGUAUGACUUGAAGUGUAAAUUCUUAAGACAGCUGGAGUCAAGGGCAGAGAGUUCAAGCAAAAUUGACAAGACUCGAGCUGUUGUCAAGGAUUUGCACUCAAGAAUUAGAGUUGCAAUUCAAAGAAUUCACUCAAUAUCUAAAAGGAUUGAGGAUUUACGUGACAAUGAGCUGCAGCCACAACUUGAGGAGUUGAUAGAAGGGUUGAGUCGAAUGUGGGAAGUAAUGUCUGAAUGCCAUAGGCGUCAGUUUCAAAUUAUCUCAGUUGCAUACAAGAAUGGCACCAUGAAAAUCUCUUCACUGUCCGAAUCACAUCGGCCUAUUACCGCUCAUCUUGAACAUGAACUAAGCUCUCUGUUUUCGAGUUUCACAAAGUGGAUCGGUGCCCUGAAAGCUUAUCUGAAAACCAUAAACAGUUGGCUCGGGAAAUGUGUUUCUAUUCCACCAAAAUUGAAGAGAUCAAAGAGAAAAAACUUCAAAACCGAACUUCUGAGAGCACGCGGCCCUCCAAUAUACAAAACAUGUGGUUCUUGGUAUGACAAGCUUGAUUCAUUGGAGCCUUCUAUUAAGCAAGUCUCUGACUCCAUCAAACUAUUGGCAGCCGAUACGUCUGGCUUUUUGCCACACCAAGAAAAGAACGAAGGGAAGAAUGCUGAUCGUCCAUAUGCACCCCCAGGGAACAAUGACAACAGUGAUUCUGCUAUCAAUAUGUCGAGAGAGGAUGAUGUAAAAGAGAACACGGAAAUUAGUGAUUCUACGUAUAAUAUGUUCCGAGACGAUGCUUUGAAGGAUUCGUUUGGGACGAGCCUAGUUUUCUUUAUUGGUCAAUUGAAGAGUUUUGCCGAAGCAUCUGUGAAGAUGUAUGCAGAACUUGACAGGGAAAUUCGACAAGCCAAGCAUUAUUAUGAAUUGUAUGUCAAAGGAGCCGAGGUCGGAAAUGAAGAAAACAAUGUUCAGAGCAACGAUCAGAGCGAUAACUAAAGCGGCAACCAAACCAGUGAUCAAUUGAAGGAUCAACUGAAGCCAAGAGUAAACCUAUGAAUUCUGGAAAAGAAAGUUGAGCAUUCAUGACAUUGUUUUUAAGAGAGAUAUCAGACGUGAGGCAUUUACAUAAAAUGGCAGCAUUUUGAUAUUGGAGAUGGGAAUAAAAGGGUAUGUGAUAUAUAUCCUUGUGUCUACAUUAAGUCAAUAAAGAAAUGAUUUUGUAAAAGUGACCCCCAAAAAUGGGGUGAUAACAAAUUUA